AUGCCGCCGCCGGGGCCGCUGCUGCUGCCGCUGCUCGCCGUCCUGGCCGCCGCCCGGCCCGGGUGCGAGCCCGCGCGGGACCCCGCCGGUGGAUGUCGCAGGCCCCGAGCUGCGGACAGCGCCAAGUGCGUGGCCCUGCAGCUCAGCACCUGCAGCGACGCCUCCUACAACCACACCGUCUUCCCCACCCCGCUGGAUCUCCGCUCCCGAGAGGCGGUGGAGUCCAGCUCCGAGUACAUCCUGCUGGGCAUCCUGCACCAGCUCCUGCAGGGCCAAUGCAGCCCCGACCUGCGGCUGCUGGGCUGUGCCGUGCUGGCCCCCCGCUGCGAGGGUGGCCGGGUGCUCCGGCCCUGCCAGCACAUCUGCCAGGGGCUGCGGGAGGCCUGCUGGCCCGCCUUCGACGCCAUCGACAUGGCCUGGCCCUACUUCCUCGACUGCAGGCGCUAUUUUGCGAAUAAGGAGGAAGGCUGCUACAACCCCCUGGAGAAGCUGCAUGGAGACCGGGAGGCGGAGGACGCUGUGCCCUCGGGGCUGCCGCCGACCUUCAUCCGCUUUGCCCACCACUCCCACGCCCGGAUGCUGCGCCUGCUCAGGAGGACGGCCGCCCGCUGCGCCCACAUCGCCAAGACGUACAGCAUCGGGCGCAGCUUCAACGGCAAGGAGCUGCUGGUCAUCGAGUUCUCCAGCCGCCCCGGCCAGCACGAGCUGAUGGAGCCCGAGGUGAAGCUCAUCGGCAACAUGCAUGGCAACGAGGUGGUGGGCCGGGAGCUGCUCAUCUACCUGGCGCAGUACCUGUGUUCCGAGUACCUGCUGGGCAACCCCCGCGUCCAGCGCCUGCUCAACACCACCCGCGUGCACCUGCUGCCCUCCAUGAACCCUGACGGCUACGAGGUGGCAUCCAUGGAGGGUGCCAACCUCAACGGGUGGAUGAGCGGGCGGGCAAACGCACAGAACCUGGACCUCAACCGCAACUUCCCCGACCUGACGUCGGAGUAUUACCGGCUGGCCGCGGUCCGGGGCGCGCGCACGGAUCAUCUGGCCAUCCCCCAGCACUACUGGUCGGGCAAGGUGGCCCCCGAGACGAAGGCGAUUAUGAAGUGGAUGCGAGCCAUCCCCUUCGUGCUCUCCGCCAGCCUCCACGGGGGCGACCUGGUCGUGUCCUACCCCUUCGACUUCUCCAAGCACCCACAGGAGGAGAAGAUGUUUUCUCCCACGCCCGACGAGAAGAUGUUCCAGCUGUUGGCCAGAGCCUACGCAGAUGUGCACCCCAUGAUGAUGGACAGGUCGGAGGAUAGGUGUGGGGGCAACUUCCUGAAGAGUGGGGGCAUCAUCAACGGGGCUGACUGGUACAGCUUCACUGGAGGCAUGUCUGAUUUCAACUACCUGCACAGCAACUGCUUUGAGAUCACGGUGGAGCUGGGCUGCAUGAAGUUCCCCCCCGAGGAAGCCCUCUACACGCUCUGGCAGCACAACAAGGCGUCACUGCUGAAUUUCUUGGAGACGGUGCACCGAGGAAUCAAGGGCGUGGUGAUGGACAAAUUCGGCAAGCCGGUCAAAGAUGCCCGCAUCAUAGUCAAGGGCAUCCGCCAUGACAUCACCACAGCCCCAGAUGGCGACUACUGGCGACUGCUGCCCCCAGGCUCCCAUGUCGUCAUUGCCCAGGCCCCCGGCUACAGCAGGCUCAUCAAGAAGGUCACCAUCCCUGCUCGGCUGAGGCGGGCGGGCCGGGUGGACUUCAUUCUGCAGCCGCUGAGCGCAGGUCCCAGGAAGUCCCUCCACAGGCACCGGCCUGAGCCCCGCGACCCCCUGGAAGACGGCACCCUGCUCGGGGAGGCGGGGGGGGCGGGCCGCGAGCCCCCCGGGGCCCGGAGCUCGUCCUCUGCCGGCGGUGGCAAGCCGUGGUGGUGGCACUACUUCUCGGUGCUGGGCCCACACAAGCCGCGCUGGCUGCUCAAGUACUAGGUGCCCGGCCGCCGCCGCUCCCGGGGCUCGGGCUCUGGAUUUGGUCUUGCACAGAGAUUCCACAGAGCCGUUUCCAUUUUAUUAAAAGUGUCUUUACCACCCUC